AGCAUGUCCGCGAAGGAGCGGCAGAAGGGCAAAGUGACCAAGGACAGCGUCACCCUCCUGCCCUGCUUCUACUUCGUGGAGUUGCCAAUAUUGGCAUCUUCUGUUGUUAGCCUCUAUUUUCUUGAACUUACUGAUGUCUUCAAGCCAGUUCACUCUGGAUUUAAUUGCUAUGACAAGAGUCUGAGUAUGCCAUACAUUGAACCUACACAAGAGGCUGUUCCCUUCUUGAUGUUACUUAGUUUGGUUUUUGCUGGACCUUCAAUUACGAUAAUGGUAGGAGAAGGAAUUCUCUACUGUUGCCUGUCCAAAAGAAGAAAUGGAAUUGGAACAGAGGCCAAUAUUAACGCAGGAGGAUGCAACUUCAAUUCUUUUCUUAGAAGAGCUGUCAGAUUUGUUGGUGUUCAUGUGUUUGGUCUCUGUUCUACUGCUCUUAUUACUGAUAUUAUACAGCUAUCAACAGGAUAUCAGGCACCAUAUUUCCUGACUGUUUGCAAGCCUAACUAUACAUCCUUAAACGUAUCCUGCUCAGAGAACUCCUAUGUUAUGGAAGAUAUUUGCUCUGGAGCUGAUGUCAAUGUUAUCAAUGCUGGAAGAAAGUCAUUCCCUUCUCAACAUGCCACCCUGGCAGCCUUUGCAGCUGUGUACAUUUCGAUGUACUUCAAUUCUACAUUAACAGACUCCUCAAAACUUCUGAAACCACUCCUUGUCUUUGCUUUUAUCAUCUGUGGAAUUAUAUGUGGUCUGACUCGUAUCACCCAGUAUAAGAACCAUCCAGUUGAUGUUUACUGUGGCUUUCUCAUAGGAGGAGGAAUUGCUCUCUAUUUGGGUUUGUAUGCUGUGGGGAACUUCUUACCAAGUGAGGAGAACGUGUUUCACCCGAAUUUUCACAGAGAACCACUAAGGUCUUUUACAGACAUUAGUCAAGACGCCAACAGAAUCUUGCCCGGUAAAAAUGGAAGCAGCAGCGAUGGCAUUGCCGCUCACCGUUCUGAAAGUAUCCUGAAUAGAAACCACAGAGAUUCAGGGUCUCUGACUAACAUCAAGAGAGCAAAUGCUGAUGUAGAAAUCAUAACACCACGAAGCCCAAUGGGAAAAGAAAAUAUGGUGACUUUCAGCAACACUUUGCCAAGAGUCAACACACCAUCCUUGGAAGAUCCAGCAAGACGAAAUGCAACAAUUCAUGCAUCAAUGGAUUCUGCCCGCUCCAAACAACUGCUUUCUCAGUGGAAGAACAAGAAUGAAAGUCGAAAGUUGUCGCUGCAAGUAAUAGAGACUGAAUCUGGCCAGUCACCACCAAGAGCUAUUGAAAUGAGAUCAAGCUCAGAGCCCUCCAGAGUGGGUGUAAAUGGGGAUCAUCAUGGCCCAAGUAACCAAUACCUGAAAAUUCAACCUGGUAGCGUACCAGGUUGUAACAACUCAGGUCUCUCUGGUGGGCCAAGGGUCUCUAUUCAGUCACGUCCUGGCUCAUCUCAGUUAGUACAUAUUCCUGAAGAGACUCAGGAAAAUGUGAACACAUCUCCCAAAAGUAGUUCAGCUAGAGCUAAGUGGCUGAAGGCUGCUGAGAAAAGUGUUGCAUGUAGAAGCAACAGUCAGCCAAGAAUCAUGCAAGUAAUAGCCAUGUCUAAGCAGCAAGGAGUGCUUCAAGGCAGUCCAAAGAGUUCAGAGGGAAGUACAGUUACUUGUACAGGAGCCAUUAGAUAUAAAACCUUGACAGACCAUGAGCCGAGUAGCAUUGUCAGAGUUGAGGCCCAUCCAGAAAAUAACAGACCUGUAAUUCAGAUGCCAUCAGAAGGUGAAGGAAGUGGGUCAUGGAAAUGGAAAGGUCCUGAAAAAGUCACCCUUCGUCAAACAUAUGAGCUAAAUGAUCUCAACAGAGACUCUGAGAGCUGUGACUCCUUGAAAGACAGUUAUGGGUCAGGUGACAGGAAAAGGAGCAACAUAGAUAACAGUGAGCAUCACCACCAUGGAAUCACUACAAUAAGAGUCACGCCAGUGGAGGGAAGUGAGAUUGGCUCAGAGACUCUGUCUAUUUCCUCUAGCCGGGACUCAACACUUCGAAGGAAAGGUAACAUCAUUUUAAUUCCUGAACGAGGGAGCAGUCCAGAGAACACCAGAAAUAUCUUCUAUAAAGGCACAUCCCCUACACGAGCUUACAAAGAAUGAGAGAAGACAUAUCAGCUGGUCCACACCACCACAAAUUAAAACACAUCUUGAUGCAGGUUCUGCUCUUUUUGUUUUGAGCUGAUAUUUACCUUUGAUGUGCCAAAUUACUGACCAUCAGCCCAACUUCUGUUGAACACUGACAAUGUGUAAUGUGUAUGAGCCUGUGCAAAUCAUGUGGUGGCGGGAAAAGCACAAUGCCAGAACCUAACUAAUGUGAAACACUUUCAUGCAACUUGUUUCUUCAGACUGUAAAUGUUUAUCUGAAAAUGAUGAUGUCAAUCAAAACAAUGGUCUUGAACACAGACACUUUAUUUCCUGAAUGUGCCAACUUUUUAUUUUAUUUAUAUUUGUGUCCAAAAUUGACUGAUUUUUUUUCACAGCAAUGGCUGUAUCAGUGUUAUAAUAUUCACCUUUGCAGAGUUUGCACCAAAACUUUAAUACAGAAUGGUGCUGAUGGUAACUUUAAAUGUUUUAAAAAUUUGCAAACUUACUAGACUCUACAAAACCAUGACAUAUUGAUGUGCAGUUACUUUAAAAGUAAUAUUGCUAAUACUAUGAUGAUGCUGGCUGCAUUCAUUUAGAGUAGGAAAUAUUUACAGCUUUGUUAUAGUGGAUCUGUCACAUUCAAAGAUUGCAAAGGUUUUGUGUAGUUCUUUAAGAUGUCUACUGCAACAAAAAUGUGUGGGUGACAUUCCAUUAGAAUGGAAUUACUAUCCAUUUUGAAUAGUUUCGCUGCUAUUGCUCAACUUUUGUUAAGAACAGGUGCUACUAAUGAAGAGGCUGCUUCUUAGUGGGCUAACUUGUAGAACUGUUUUAAAUAUUGUUUUUAAAGGGGUCUUUUAAAGUACUAAAAGUAAUUCAGAUUUUGCAUUUUUAAAUCUGUCAUUCUAUCCUUCAGCAACCCUUCCAUUUUUCUGUUAGUUUUUAACUACAUGAUACAUGAAACUAGUAACAAUGAGAUGCACAAUUGUGAAAGGUGAGCAAUGAAUAGAUAAAAAUAAAUUACCACUUUCUGAUCAGCUUCUAAGGACACCAUAAUUAAUAUUCUAGCUCACAUUUAGAAGCAGUUAUUCACCUCACUUGCUUAGCAUGCCACAAGAACAAUCACAGGUUUCACCCCAGUGACCAUCAUUUGGGGAAUUUAUGCUUCGCUUUAAAGAUGAAAUGCCUUGGUAUUGCAGAAUCCCUAAGAGUGUUGCACUGUACCUCCACUAUUGUUCACCUCCCUGGAGAUACCCUCCUUAAGCAUUAUAUUUUUCCUCCCCUCUUAAUAAUAUGGAGGGUGUCUGCAUCUGAGAGAAUAUGUAUUAUUUUAGUAAAGUGAGUUCAUAAUAUAAAAAAAAAAUUACCUGCAUAAAUCUGUGUUGCCAGGAAUUGAUAAACUAGAGAACUCUAAAAGGAAUAAGCACGGCACGUCCUGGGCAUGCUAGAAAACAAACUCAAUUUUAGUUUGGCUUGAAUUUAAGUAACAUAAACCAUGAAGGAAGUCACUGGCAAUGCUUGUCGAGUGCAGCUCCUCAUUCUCUCCUAGGUCACUUCUACCUGAAGGAGAGCUGCAUUCCGAUGGUUUCCAGGAUGGGGAGGGAAUGGCUUUGCUGUCCCCUCACUGAAUAGACAAUAGCAGCUCAGGUCUGUCCUCAGGCUUUUUUAGUGGGGUGACUUGCUCCAAGUCCUCUUCUGAUUCAGGGUAUCAGAGAACCAGUUAUCUACUGCAUAGCCAGUACCUAUCUACUGACUUUACUCCACAGACCUCUGAGGCAAAGGUGGAAAAGCCCACCAUUCCCCAACCAAGCAGAAGGUAGAAGGAAGCAUCAUCCCAUCCUAAGAAGGUAAAUAGCACAACACACACACAAACCAGGAGAAAAAAAAAAGAGAGAGAAAGAAUCCAAAACAAAAUCCCAAAUCAACCCUAAUCCUUAGUAAUCUCAGAAGUGGGAGAAUGGUGUUUGCUAACCUGCAGAGAAUUCAGAGGAUUCAGAGUCCCUUUUCACAGAGAGCUUUAUAUACCUUCCCAGUUACACAGAUGCUGCAGGCUUAGCUGGGUGCCAUCAGCAACCCUGUCAAGCAAUGCUUCCUUCACCUGCCCAUCAUCCACUGCUGUGGAAGAGGGUUAGACCUUAAAGAAAUGACCACCCUUUUCCUGCUAGUAACAGACAAAAACCCCAUCAUGCAUUUGAUGUUAGGUAGGGGUGGAGUGCAUUUUGCAGGCUACGUGUAAGGAAAUAACCAGGAGGGUUGCAAUUGGUUGUAUAUGUUGGAUGUUGUCUCAAUGCAUGGUAGCUGGGAAAAUUAAAGAUACUAGGGGAAAAAAAAUAAUUUUUUUAGAAAUUCUCAGUUUAGAAGUUUUCAGACUCAAGUAUUUACAAGUCAAGAUUUUUUUUGCUUUUUAAAUAAAUAAAUGAAUCUUUAGUCCUUGGUAUUUAAUACCAAAUUUUUUACAAGGUUCCUAGGAAUUACAAACACUUGACUUGGAUUGUCAUGAACAAAACCUUUUGGCUUGAGCUUAGUUCAGGUUCAUAACAAAGCAGGUAGGAUUAGCUUUAACAGAAUGGUAAGACACAAUCACUGUUGGCCUAUCAACGCAGGGAAGUAAGAUGCAAUCAUUUGUUAGUUUGUAAGUGCAGGGGAAGGAACAUAAGUAGAUGAACCUGGAAAUAAUGGAAAAUUGAAAUGGAGAAUAAUGGCAAUAAAGCAAAGACUAGAAAAUGUUCCCUCUGGCAAUUUAGCUGUUUUGGAAACAGCAGGAUUCCUGGUGGGAGUGUUUGUUCUUUAUUCCUUGGUUUUAGUCAGAUAUAUAUUGGCAUAUGUGUUGCUUUUAUUACUCUAAAACUUGCUGCACUAUUUCAAGUGCAGUAUGAUAUUUUUCCUAAGCUUUCCUAUUUCUUAACAAAAGAUUUUAAAGCACUUGUGUAAUCAUUGAAAUUGUGUUCUUUACAUAAAUAUUGAUAUAUUCUUUUUUUACUCAAAGUGCCAAAGGCUACUGUUUUUAAUAAUGGCUUAUCAAAUUAUAUUACAUUAGAGAACAGAAAUAUAAUAAUAUAUACAUUGGAACUCAGACCUCUGCAUGUAUAUUUGAUAUGGAGCCUUUUGUAAAAUUACUCUUUGUUUACAUUCCACUGAUACCUUAAUUUAAAAUUAAUCAGAUAAAUUGACAGGUGACAUCUUAGUGUUCUAAUUUUCUUACUUGCUAACAGGCACGAAUUUCUUUGUUAGGCUGUGCUUUACUGAGAAAAGAAAAUAUUCAAAAAUAAACUAUGUUUUUAAAUGAGAAUUCUCUAUAUAAAGUAUUGUGUUUAUUAAAAUGUUA